AUGAUGGCCACCAAACACAAAAUAUUACCAUUAUUACUAUCUGUUGAUAUCCAGCGAGUAUUCUACAUGGUAAGAGUGUUUGCUGUAAAUCAUGGAAUACUGAUGGCAAGUUUAUUUGAUUACAAUGAAAACUAUUGGCUCAGACAAGUUGCAUCAAACAUAACUUCAGUCAAUGGAUUACCAAGACUAACUAACAAUAGUCUCGAAAGUUUUCAUAAUGCUUUACGGAACAAAUUUAAUGUUAACUUAAUCACUUAA